AAUUCUCACUCACUCACAUAGUGGCAAAUACACAAUGGAUAUCGUUCUCGGAAUCAGAUUGACAGACUCCACGAUCAUUGCGACAUCUAAGGCCAUAACACGAGGCAUAUCCGUGUUGAAAGACAAUGACGAUAAGACCCGUGUGUUAAAUGCGCAUAAUUUAGUGGCGUUCACAGGUGAGUCUGGAGAUACGGUCCAGUUUGCUGAGUACAUGCAAGCCAACAUUCAGCUAUACUCGAUGCGGGAAAACGACAUUGAGUUGUCGCCCAAGGCCACCGCCUCUUUUGUCAGGUCUCAAUUGGCUACUUCCAUCAGAUCCAGGAAACCAUAUCAGGUGAAUGUGUUGCUUGGAGGAUUCGACACCAAGUCCAAUGAACCAACGUUAAACUAUAUCGAUUACUUGGGUACACAAGCGGUAUUGCCUUAUGCUGCCCAUGGUUACGCUGCAUUCUAUUGCAUGUCGUUGUUGGAUAAACACUACAGAACCAAUAUGACAUUGGAUGAUGGGUUAAAAUUGUUGGAUAUGUGUAUACGCGAGUUGGAAACCAGAAUGCCCAUGGACUUCAAGGGCUGCUACGUCAAGGUGGUGGACAAAGAUGGGGUCCGGGAGAUCUCCUGAGGGUCUACAAUGGUAAGCAGAUGGUCAACGAUGAGUAGUAGUAUAAAUCAGAUCAAUAGAUCCAAUACAGAAAAAUACAGAAACAUUCAGU